AUGGUGGUUAUUUCCAUCAACACCGCUAUUAACCGUUUUUGCCGCCUCCUCGUGUCACCACCACCACUAUCGCCGUCAAUGGGUGGUUGGCUUCCUUUCCCGAGCAAAGAAGUGAAGAUGUGUGUGUUUCAGUUGGAGUGUGUGUAUGGCCGAAGCUCUCGGAAAUGGCAUCACCCCACCAUAGGAUGGUGGCUGUCGCCACUCACCACCGCCGACAACCAAGGUGGUUAUUCCGUUGAAACAACACUCCAUCCAACGGUUAAUACAAAGAAAAUGGACGGAGAUGGAAAAGUUAAGAAGGGCGCCGGAGGAAGGAAGGCAGAUGGUCCGAGGAAGAAGGCCGUUUCCCGUUCUGUCAAAGCCGGACUUCAGUUUCCGGUUGGUAGGAUUGGGCGUUUUCUGAAGAUAGGACGUUAUGCUCGGCGUGUUGGAAGUGGUGCUCCAAUUUACCUCGCUGCUGUUCUUGAAUACCUUGCUGCCGAAUUGUUGGAAUUGGCUGGAAAUGCUGCUAGGGAUAAUAAGAAGACAAGAAUCAUUCCAAGGCAUCUUCUUUUGGCAAUUAGAAACGAUGAUGAGCUUGGGAAAUUAUUGGGUGGAGUUACGAUUGCUAAUGGUGGUGUUCUUCCAAAUAUCAACCCUGUUUUAUUGCCAAAGAAGACUGCUGCCAAAGAGCCUAAAUCCCCAUCUAAAGCUACCAAAUCUCCUAAGAAAGAUAAGAAGGCUGAAUAGAUUACUUUGUUAGAAUUGUAGUUUUUGUGUUAGAAUCAUAUAAUUAGUUGUAUGUUGACGUUGAUCAAGAUUUAAGGAAUGAAACAACUUGUUUCAUAAUACGCUGAC